CGUAGUCAGCGUGCUCGACUCAGCAAUGUUCGACUGCGCCACUCUGGUUUCCGCUCUCGUAAAAGAAGGACCGCGUAACGUCUCCUUCGUUCAUUCACAACCACCUGCUCGUCGAGGAAGCAUCGGAUCUUUUGGUUCGUCUGCCAGUUGCCGAUCGAGUCAUUGGACCAGUCAACAGGAACGGCUUCCAGAGAUACAACUUGCAUAAGAAGAGAAUGAAGAGCAACGCGACUUCCGGUCUUCCGCUGUCGAUCUGUGUAUCGGUCUGCACUCUAGUGAUUCUACUGUCUGUCAGCGAGACAGUUUACGCUAAACGUGGUUGUUCCGCGUUCGGACAUUCCUGUUUCGGUGGACACGGCAAGAGGUUCGAUUCGCAUUUACAGGGCAACGUUCUUCAAGAGAAUCAAAUAGACGCGGCUACCAGCGACAAACAUCAAGAAAUGGAACCUCUACGAAUGCGUAACGAGUUCGUUAUUCCUGGGAGGAAGUUCGAAGGACAAGAAGAGAUGCUUCUUCCUCAGACGCGUAGGCAGGAUUCUACGAGAUUCGACCCUUUCACUUUGUCGUUCAUCGUUCGACAAUGGUUGACGUCGCAACAUCGCCUUCAUCAGCCGGACGUGGAGCUUAAUAACAAAUAAACGGAUAAGCGUUUCUAUUAUACUUUGAAUUCGAAACGAAGAAUUUGGAAAAUAUUAGAUAUCAAAAAUAUGUGAAAUUGAUAAGUGAAAAUAUUUUAACGAAGUAUCUUGGCUGUUAUCGUAUUAUAAUUUUACCAAUUCUUUAUGUUACGUUUCCUUAUACUUCACAAGUAAGAUGAAUUUUACUUUAACGAUUCGUUAAUAUGUAGCAUGUGUGUAUUUUAUUUUUGUUUGCAUCGAACGAAAAUAAUAAAUAGAAACUAUUGUACUU